AUGUCGACGUGGAUCGCGUUGGGUGAUUAAAAUGGGCCACGAGAACAAACGCGGAUACUUGAAACAGCGAUGUCACGGCAUUCUCAUGUAAAAACUCGAGCCUCCUGUCAAAUAUCAAUGGAGAUGCCGCGUUGGCAUAUGAAUUAGACUCUGACGUUGAAAAUCGUGUCACGGGUCAUUGCGUAAGCCUCACGCGAAAUAAUUUUCAGGGCGGCCAGAAGAACGUGUUCAGGAUGCGUCGAGGAAACUAAUGAGAAUACCAUUCGUUGUGACAUUUGUUACGCUUCAAAGAAAUGUUAAUCGUUUCUGCUCCUAAUGAAUCGAAGAAAUUCCGAACGCAUCGACAGAAAAUUGUUCCAACAUUGUUCCAUUAACGACGGUCGAUCCUUAUUUUUACUUAAAAAAAGAACUUAACUAGAUUGCCUCUUUAUCUGUUCGAAUUUUAAAGUAAUUCUUUCUUAAAUACAAACGUACUAUAACGUGCUAUGAAAUUACGUUGAUUUGCCAAAUAUGUAAAAUUAUCUAGAAUUUAAUGAACUAAAGUCAUUAAUGACAGACUAACUAAACAUAAUAUGAAUUCAGUUAGAGGAUAUCAGUCUUAUUUUUCGUAGUUUAAGUUUAAUACAUAUUUGUCCAGCAAAAAAAUUGGAUAAGACGUUUGUCUCGAACAGAUCUUCGAUAAAAAUUGGCACAAAAUUAAUAUCGGAAUCUUCAAGGAUAAACUGCUAGUAUACGUUGAUUGCGACUACGUUGGCACGCAAGAUCUGAAUCCACGAGGACCAAUCAAAGCGGAUGGCGAAGUCUCAAUAUCGAAGAUAUCGCACAGCAAACAUACUGUACCGGGUUUACCUGGCUUAGCUGGUUUACCUGGACCACCUGGACCAAUCGGAGAACCCGGUUUACCUGGCAGGCCGGGUUUACGCGGACCACCUGGAGAACAAGGCAAAUCAGGGCCACAAGGAUUUACCGGUGCACGGGGAUUUCCUGGAAAUUCUGGUCCCAAAGGACCAAUUGGUCUGCCUGGAAUAAAAGGAGAAAACGGUGAAAGAGGAGACAUGGGAUUUCCGGGAUUGAAAGGAGAUCAAGGUUUACCAGGACCACGUGGUUAUCCAGGUCUUCCAGGUCCUCCAGGUCCACCACGAAAUAUCAGUGACUAUCGUGACAUCAUACCACGAUUUGUAGGGCCACCAAGUCUUCCAGGAUAUCCGGGUCAAAAAGGAGAGCAAGGGGAACGCGGUGACAAAGGGGAACAAGGUCAAAAAGGUGAACCAGGAGAAAAAGGUAAUCCAGGACAAGAUGGGUCUCCUGGAUCAGAAGGGAAGCCAGGGGUUGAUGGUUUUCCUGGGCCUAAAGGAGAAAUAGGAUUUCCAGGAAUACCAGGUCUUCAGGGAUUACCAGGUUUUCGUGGUGAAACUGGAGCACCCGGUUUAGCCGGAAUUCAGGGUCCAAAAGGAGAACCUGGGGAACCUGGUCGCGAUGGUUUACCAGGUUCAAUAGUCGGAUCCAUUGUACCAGGACCACCUGGUCCUGAAGGCCCCCCUGGUUCACCAGGAGAAGAUGGUUUACCAGGAAUGAAAGGAGAACCUGGUCUUGUUGGUUCACCAGGUCUUCCUGGAUUGCAAGGAAAGAAUGGUCCUCCUGGUUCUCCGGGGCCUCCAGGAUCGCAAGGUUUACCCGGUUUACCUGGGGAAGUAGGUGCCCCAGGUCCUCGAGGAAUCGAAGGUACUGUUGGAAAAUCAGGACUACCAGGAUUCAAUGGACGACCUGGAGAAAAAGGCGAUAAAGGUCAGCAAGGAGAACAAGGUCCUGUUGGACCACGUGGUUUACCUGGAAAUCCCGGUACAUCAGGUUUACCUGGAGCCGCUGGUAUUCCAGGAUUAGACGGACGACCAGGUCCACCUGGUCCUCCAGGUUCUCCUGGGCCACCAGGUCCACCAGGAAUGGUUUCAGACAUGUUAAGUACAAAUAGCGUGUUGGAAACUAUCGGCAGUCCAGGCAUUAGUGGACCAAGAGGUGUGCCAGGUACUCCAGGAUUACCAGGUGAGAGAGGACCUCCCGGAGAACGAGGUCCACAAGGUCAAAUAGGACUACCAGGAAUGCCAGGGAAAGAUGGAGCGCCGGGGCUUCAAGGUCUACCAGGUGUCAGAGGACAAACAGGAAUGCCAGGAGUCCAAGGACCACCAGGCCGAAGUAUCUCCGAAUCAGAAAUUCGAGAUAUAUGUGCCAAUGUGUUAAGAGGUGGAUAUCUAUUACUCUGCACAUUGAUAACACGUUUAAGAAAUAUAGGAAAAGUUGGAAUUGCUAGCCAGAGCAACAAUAUUCACGGAACACAUGACGUGGCCAGUUCUUGGCACAAUGAUUACGUGGAAAAGUAA